UGGGGGGGAGGAACCCCCACCCCCCACCCCGGCAGCAGACCUGGACAGGACCCGAGGGCGGAGAGUGGAGCAAGACAGCUGCCUAGGGCUAAGACCGCGUAUGGUGGGACCUCCUGGGCCUCAAGGACCCGGGGUUCAGUUCUGGCUCCGCCCAGGACUGGCCUCUUGACCUUGGAUAGUUCACUUUCUUUUCUGGGUCUUGCUGUCCUCAUCCGUAAAAUGGAGAGCUUGGACUCACUGUCUCUCAAGGCCUUUCCACCCAAAACGCCUGUAACAGGCACUGUUAGGGUCUCCUGCUGGGUUUCCAGUUUAACAAAGAAAAACAAAACCUGAUUUAGGGAAACGGUAGUUUCUCUCUCUCUCUCUCUCUCUGAUGAAUCUCGGUGAUGCUCGCAGUUCCUGGGGAGGCUGGGCGCUCAGCGUCUACAGAGAUGGGGACCUUUGCUCAACAGGACCUAAGGGUACUUCCCUUUCCCCCAGCUGAGAAAGGGGAGUUGAACUUGCGCAAGAGGGGUAACUGGAAGGUCUGGGUGAAGUGCAGAAUCAGCAAAGGGAACUCCAGGGAGUCCAUGACCAGUUAGUUGCAGGGUCCUCCAGGCUGUGCUCGCUCCCUCCCUCUGCUCUGCCUCCACCCUGGUGUCUGUCUCUCCCUCGGGUGUCACCCUAGGGCUGGUGCAGGGCUGAGCUGGAUGAAGCGGUGGGGGGCGGGGCGUCAGGACCUUGGGGUCUUGCCAACCUCCUGCCAUCUGCAGCCUCAGGGUUGGGGUGAGGGGCUGUGUGGUGAGGGCACGAGCUGAGGGGCUGCAGCGCCAGCUGCCCUGCUGGGCCCGUCCUGGCCUCUGGUCUGUACCCCUUCCUUCUUGUUACUGGCUUCUCUCACCUCCACUUUUGCCGAUCGGAGGGGCCUCCUUCCUCCAGGAAGCCUCCUAAAGAACCCUUCCCCCACCCCUAGGUGCUCCCUCUUACCGCCUUGUUUUGUAAUUUUCUGUUCCAUAUUUCUCUUUCUAGGAGUUUCUUCCCCACCAGAUGGUGAUCUCCAGGAGGGAGGGCUGAGCAGGGACUUUAGGUCUUAUUUCUGGUUUCAUAGUCAAGAAAGCACAGGGCCUGGCCCUAGAAGGUUCUUCGGGAACAUCUGCGGAUUAAAAAUAAUGACAGCUAUGUUCCUUCAGUGAUUCCUGUUUGCCCAGUGCUGUUCUGAGUGAUUUACAUGCGUGAACUCUUUAAACCUCACAACAACCUGAAGUUACCAUCAUUAUCCCCACUUACAUGUAGUUUCAGGAGCAAGCUCAGCGACAGCCAAGGCCAGAGUCCAGAGGUACAAGGGCAUGGAAAUCAUGGGCUUGGACCUUGGUGCCAGAUGGCUUGAGUUCACCUGCUGGCUCCACAGCUGAUAGGCACCCAGCCUUGGGCAAGUGAAGCUGAGGCGGCCACUGCAGAAUGAACCGCAGCCCUGAGAAGGGGAAGUAGAAGCUCAGCUUGCUCUCUGCCAUGGCCUGUGAGCCGCAGGUGGACCCGGGGGUGGCUGGCCCCUUGCCCACCUCCUCCCCUGGCUGGGGCACCCUUCCUGCAGGGAGCCCUCCUGGCUGGGGGCAAGAGCUCCACAAUGGCCAGGUCCUCACAGUUCUCCGGAUCGACAAUACCUGUGCGCCCAUCUCCUUCGAUCUGGGAGUUGCGGAAGAGCAACUGCAGACCUGGGGCAUUCAGGUCCCGGCCGACCAGUACAGGAGCUUGGCCGAGAGUGCCCUGCUGGAGCCCCAAGUGAGAAGAUACAUCAUCUACAACUCGAGACCCAUGCGGCUGGCCUUCGCUGUGGUCUUCUACGUGGUGGUGUGGGCCAACAUCUACUCCACCAGCCAGAUGUUUGCCCUGGGGAACCACUGGGCGGGCGUGCUGCUCGUGACCCUGGCUGCGGUGAGCCUGACCCUGAUGCUCGUGCUUGUGUUUGAGAGACACCAGAGGAAGGCCAACACCAACACGGACCUCAGGCUGGCGGCUGCCAACGGAGCCCUCCUGAGACACCGGGUGCUGCUGGGGGUGACGGACACGGUGGAAGGAUGCCAGAGCGUGAUCCAGCUCUGGUUUGUCUACUUCGACCUGGAGAACUGUGUGCAGUUUUUGUCUGACCAUGUUCGAGAAAUGAAGACUAACCAAGAGCCCUUGCUGAGAAGCAGAUUGAGCCAGUUGUGUGUUGUUAUGGAGACUGGGGUGAGCCCCACGACAGUGGAGGGGCCUGAGAACUUGGAGGAUGCUCCUCUCUUGCCCAGCAGUCCUUCUCCCCAAGAGAGACCACUGAUGCAGACUGAGCUUCACCAGCUUGUUCCUGAGGCUGAGCCGGAGGAAAUGGCCCAGCAGCUGCUGGCAGUGUUUGGCGGCUACUACAUCCGGCUCCUGGUCACCUCCCAGCUCCCCCAGGCAGAGGGGACACGACACACAGACUCUCCGAGGGUUCCAUGCCCCUGCCAGCUCAUAGAAGCCCACAUCCUGGGCACAGGAUGCUGCCCGUUCCUGACCAGGUGACCUAGGGACGAAGGUACUCAUCUUCCUCCAAGACCGAGAAGUGGGGGAGGCUUCAGGAGCCCAACAUGGCCAGUGUGAGCCCCCAGUGAGAGCAGCAUCCGGGGCACUGCAAAGGGGGUCAGUCACGUCAGCAACAAGGGUGUCAUGCUCACUGUGGGACACUGCACAAAAAUGCUGACCCCUGGCAUUUGCAGAAGCUGAUGGUCGCUGAGCUGGGCCCAGCCCGAGCUACUCUGUGCUGCUCAGAACCGUGGGUGUGGAUGGAAGGACCCGUCUCCCAUCCCUUCCAGGGUCCGGAGAGCCCAGGAGAAACGAAGAUGGCGACUAGGGGAAUCGAUGCGUCCAAAACUUAGUCUCAGAUGAUGCUUCUAUCCCCAACCCCUCAUGUCAGUUGGAGAAACUGAGGCCCAGAGAGGAUACUGCUCUUUGUGGCCUUGCCUUGGAUGUCUAAAAUUGUAAGACUUCCUCUUUCCAAUCUGAGGAAAAUAAGUCAGUUUCAGAAUUCUCUCCAUUUUUAUGUUUUUCUCCCUCAUAUUUUAAGAAAAACAGUGGCACCUGGCACACAGGCCACAAAAGACAGAGAUGGAAGACAGGAGACAGAAGAAAGAGACAAAGGCAGAUAACCGUUAAUGUGAAAAUUUGGAAGAGACUGAUCCUGUUUGACUUGAGGAUUUAUUUUGUUCAAAAGUGUGCAUGCUUAUGGUUGUGGUUAUACUGCAGAUGUAUAACCGCAGUCGUGUUUUCUGACGCUAAUAUUGUCCUGGCAUGAAGUGUGAUCAGUCACUUGUGGAAUUCUGUGAUGAGCUCAGAGGCUCUUCAACAAGUUUGAAGACCCGUUGUCCCAUAGGCCCAAGUCCCAAAGCCCUGACCUGGCUUUGGAAGGUUCCCCAGCCCCCAAGACCCACCUUCGUCUACAAUUUUGGCUUCAUCUCCCACAUAGCCCUUUUAUAAGUUGAAACACUUUCCUGGUCUGACAUACCUAUGCCUUUCUAUCUAUCAGACUCCUAUUUAUGCUUUAAAGCCCAUCUUUCCUUACCCUUCCUUCAGGAAGCCUUCUAGCACAACCAGCCCUGCUGCUCUCUGACUCCUUUAAGUUCUUGAUAUAGCUGCCUCCCAUACUGAUGUGUUCUGUGUUAUUGAUUCUAUUUUCCUGUGUAAAUGCUAGUUUUUCUAGCUAGACUAUAAACUCCUCAAGGAUAAAGACUGUACCUUAUACUUUUUGUGCAUGACCUGAGCUUGCCAAGGAAAAAAAAAUCCUGUGGAUUGUUUUCCGUCUCCAUAGCACCUUUUGCAAAUUGUUCUCCAAACUCAUUUGAAUGAUAAAAUUGGUAUGGACCUGGGUUCUGGACCUGAUCUGCUACUUCUUGCUGUGUAACUCUUGACAAGUUACUUUCUUUGGCUGGUCCUCAGUUUGCCCAUCUAUAUAAUGGGUGUAUAAUGGAUCAUUCUUAAAGGCCCUUCCAGGGCCAUAGUUCUGAGAAUUUCCAACUUAUUCUACGCCCUCCUAGCUCUUGGCCUGUCUGUCUGUUAUGCCUUUAUCUACAUGCAGAAAGGUCCUAUGGCCCCACAUGGCUAAGGUGUCCUGGUGUGCCCCUGGACAGAACACUAGCCUAGCUAGCGGGAGACUGGAUUCUUGUCCCCAGUCUGCUGCUUCCUAGCUGUGUGACCUUGGCUAAGUCACUUAAGCUCUCUUAGUGUCACUUGACUCCUUCAUAAAAUGGAUCUGGUGAACAUGCAAUGUAAUAAUGCGAGUGACUCACCAUGUAAGAGACGGGUCUGACUAUGCACUUUCUCUGUGCCGGAGAAGAGAGAUCGUGUGUGUGGACCAGCCCCGGAAAUGGCUGUUGUAGGCAUCUAUCUUUAGUCGAGGUUGCAGGCAGCUUUAUUCAAUGAAAUUAUUCACUAAGGUGAUCACUGUCUUUCUGACCCGACACAGAGGAAAUACUGGCUGUGAAUGUGACCGGUAGAAACCUGUAUUUAUUGUCCCAUCAUAAAACUGUAGUAUGUAUAACAGAGAAUAAAAAUGUAUUUGUUAAAUGACAAA